AUCUUCAUUCUCUUGUUACGUCAAAACUCCAAACCCAUAUUAUUGUUACGGUCCCGUUAUGACUCUUUGACUUCUCCUUCCUCCACCGUACCGGAAAACACCUUCGCCGGAACCACCGCGACGGAGGACACUGAUUCCUAAUUGCGGUAUUCUCCCUUCACACAUUGUACAGUAUGAAGAAAACUUGGUGCUUGAUUUUGGUUGCCUGGUUAUGCCUGUUUGCGUUUGCAGAUUGUAGAGAACUCAAGGCUAGGCAUACAAGCAAUGAUGUCCCGUACAAUCAUACACUUGCUACAAUAUUGGUGGAGUAUGCUUCAGCGGUAUAUUUGUCAGAUUUGACUCAACUUUUUACUUGGACGUGCUCUAGAUGUGCUGACAUGACUAAGGGUUUUGAAAUUAUAGAGCUGGUUGUCGAUGUCGAGCAUUGCUUACAGGCAUUUGUUGGAGUGGCCGAGGAUCCUAACGCCAUUAUCAUUGCAUUCAGAGGAACUAAUGAACACAGCUUACAGAACUGGAUCGAAGAUUUAUAUUGGAAGCAGCAUGAUAUAAAUUAUCCAGACAUGGAUGACGCAAUGGUACAUCGUGGUUUUUAUUCUGCAUACCACAAUACAACAAUUCGUCCUGCAAUUCUAGAUGCUGUUAAAAGAGCAAAGAAGUUUUAUGGAGAUAUUCAAAUUAUAGUGACAGGGCACUCAAUGGGUGGGGCAAUGGCUGCAUUUUGUGCACUUGAUUUAACGGUAAAUAAAAAUGAAAAUAAUGUUCAGGUUAUGACAUUUGGACAACCUCGUAUUGGCAAUGCUGUUUUUGCAUCUCUCUACAAUGAUCUAGUUCCAAAUACGAUCCGAGUCACAAAUGACCAUGAUAUUGUUCCUCAUUUGCCUCCAUACUAUCAGUAUUUACCACAGAAGACAUACCGCCAUUUUCCUAGAGAGGUAUGGCUUUAUAAUGUUGGAUUAGGUAGUCUUGUAUACAGGGUUGAGAAGAUUUGUGAUGGGUCUGGCGAGGAUCCAUCUUGCAGCAGGUCAGUGAGUGGGAAUAGUAUCACAGAUCACUUGGUCUAUUAUGGUAUUGACAUGGGAUCAGAUACACCAGGAUCAUGCAGAAUUGUUAUGGAUUCUAAUUCUAAUAUUCUGAGUUCUGGCAUCAGAGACUCAAGAGGAAACCUCAUUUUGUCCAGAGAUCCUGCAACCCUUCUAAAAUUGAGUAGAGGGUUUGACAAUCAGGACAAGUCCUUUAGUGUUGAUUGAUUUGGCUUGAGAUAUCUUCAGCAACAUAGUUGGGGGGAGGUUAUACUUCUGAUUUCUUCUUCCUUCAAGCAAGCUGAAGAAUUCUAUUGAAAUUAAGUAAUUAACUAUGGCUUGAAGUAGUUUGUGUAUAUAGUCUUCGAGUCUUGUAUAUGCUCAUCCUUGUACAUAUGAUUAAUAAUUCUUUCUUUCUUUUUUUCUUGUCAAAACAGAAUUCAAUAUGAUUAAUAUCAUAUUAAUCAUAUUAGCUCAUAAUAGUAUUAAUAUGAUUAAUAAUUCUUGA